CCGCUCUAUAACCUGCUGCCGGCAGAUCAGAUGUAUUUUUAUUAUGACAGGUUUUAGUAUCUGCUGGAUGGAAUUCCCCUUUAAGCCCUCAGCUAUUUUCCUAUGCAGAGUGUCCCCCCCUGUGCAGAGCGUCACUUUAUAGGAUUGGCGCGGCAGAAUACGUUUGCGUCCACGGUGCUGCGGCUCAGACGUGACUCUUUUCUAGGAGACCAGGCAGAGGGGAGGGGGUGCGGAGCAGGGAAUCUCUGCAGAGCGGGAGGAGGGGGCUUCAUAGAGGAAUCCCCAGAAUACCAGAGAGGAAAGACCCAUCCUUUACAUUGCGGAGGGAACAAAGGCAGUAAGACGGUGACGACCGCAGCGCCGCCGCGCAGGGAAGCAGCCGUAAGUUGCAGGAGGGCGCAGUCUCCUCUCUUGCACCAUGAGCUUUCAGAGGCCGCCCCCCCUGGGUCCGGGGAAAGACACCGGAGCCAGAGAUCCCCCCAAAAAUGAGCAAGAUUUCCGGAGUUCCGCCAUCCUGCACCAGCAAAGGCGCCUGAAACAAGCCACCCAGUUCGUGCACAAGGAUUCUGCGGAUCUGCUGCCUCUGGAUCAGCUGCGUAGACUCGGCACCUCCAAGGACCUGCAACCGUACACUGUGAUCCAGAGGCGGCUCCUGGGGGGCAGCCCAGUCAAGGAGACCGGCGGAUUCCUCCAGGACCCCUUCCUGUGUGGUCAGGAGGCCCCUAAUAUGGAGACAAGACCCCCCAACCUGGAUAGUGAGGAAACAAGUCCAGAUCAGCUGCCGACCAAACAACCUGAGGAGGAGGAGGAGGAGGAGGAGGAGGAGGACUGGAGAGGACACGUGCUGCUUGUCCCCUGUAAGGUCAGUACCUGGGACGUUUACGCCAAGUUGUCCACGGAACGGCGAGAAAACCACAUCUCUAAAUCCUGCCUGAAAAGAUUGGGGUUACAGGUCACAAACGGAUCAGAGGAGAAGAUAGCGGUGGAGGUGAAACUGGGCGGAGCCACGCUGACCUGUAAAGCCGCCAUUGUGGAUGACGACGCUGCUGAGUUCUGUAUGGGGCUGGAGACACUGAUAAAACUCAAGACUUGCAUUGACCUGGAGCAUGGCGUCCUGAAGACCUCGACCCAAGAGAUACCGUUCAUGAACCAUUCCUGGGCCCAGACAGGGAAGACCGAAGCUGUGACCGAUCCCAUUGAUCAGUAGGGUGCCAACUACUGGCCAGAUGGAAGAACUACAAGAUAAAGCACAACUGUGACAAACGGGGGCAGAUACAGUGCUGGGGGCCCUAGGCCUGAUCUGCCAAUUUCCUUGGAGAAGAAGCGAGGACUGAGACGAGCGGCGCCGGAUGCCCUGGCGAUUAUUUGACAAGCCCCUCCCCUUUUGGGGUGUAAGGACAGCUGAACGGGGCAUUUCUUUACUGUUUUGUAAUGUCUGAAGUUGUUCGCAGUGUCCCCAUUGGUGUAUCAUGUCACCGUCACUUUACCAUCCACAUUCUGGGGUCUGCGCCAAUUGCCCCAUCCAUUGCUUGAUACAUUACGAGAUGCAGAUGAUGGAGUUGGCCAUUGCGCCUUUAUAAGCCAAUAAGAAUAAUGUUUUUUG